AUGUCUGAGUCUCUGGAGAGGGCCGUACCGCUGCUCCAGCUGCAGGAGGUGGACUCCAGCAGGGCCGGACCGGGUCACGUGCUCUCGCCCGCCUUUGACUCCUCCCCACCCCCCGCCCUGCCAGUGGAGAGCCACCCCAUCUGCAUUCCCUCACCCUACACGGACAUCAGCCACGACUUCACUGCGCUGCCUUUCUACAACUCCACCCUGCUGGGCUACGGCGGGCCGCCUCUCUCAGAGUGCCCUCCCGUGCGCCAGUCACUGAGCCCCGGCCUGUUCUGGCCCUCCCACGGCCACGCGGCAUCGCUGGCUCUGCACCGGUCGCGCUCGCACGCCCCACAGAACCAGCUCAGCGGCGGGGCCUGGCAGGAACCCCUGCCGCGCGACUGCGCACCCGAGGAGAACAGCAAACCCAUGGGGAAGUGGUCAGUGGAGUGUGAGGAGGCUUUCAGCUCCGCAGAGAGCAAAACGGAUACGCACUUCUGCGCUGUCUGCAGUGACUACGCCUCUGGCUACCACUACGGAGUCUGGUCCUGUGAGGGCUGCAAAGCCUUCUUCAAGAGAAGCAUCCAAGGACAUAAUGACUACAUCUGCCCAGCAACCAACCAGUGCACCAUCGAUAAGAACCGGCGCAAAAGCUGCCAGGCCUGCAGGCUCCGCAAGUGUUACGAAGUGGGAAUGAUGAAAUGUGGCAUGCGUCGAGACCGUGGCACCUACGGCCGCGCAGGCUCCCAGCCCAGGAGGGUGGCCCGUUUCCCCGCCAGGGGCAUUGCAGGCAGCCACAGAGCACCAGAGCGGAGAGGCUCGCCUGCCACCAGGGUGAAGGAGGUCACCGCCGUGGCGAUGAGCCCUGAGGAGCUGAUAGGCCGGAUAAUGGAGGCGGAGCCACCGGAGAUCUAUCUGAUGAAGGACGUGAAGAAGCCCUUCACCGAGGCCAACGUCAUGAUGUCCCUUACCAACCUGGCGGACAAGGAGCUUGUGCACAUGAUCAGCUGGGCUAAGAAGAUCCCAGGUUUCGUGGAGCUCAGCCUCUUUGACCAGGUCCACUUGCUGGAGUGUUGCUGGCUAGAGGUGCUGAUGCUCGGGCUCAUGUGGAGGUCUGUGAAUCAUCCUGGAAAGCUCAUCUUCUCCCCCGAUCUCAUCCUCAGCAGGGACGAGGGCAGCUGUGUGCAGGGCUUCGUGGAGAUCUUCGACAUGUUGCUGGCGGCCACGUCCCGCUUCAGGGAGCUGAAGUUACAGAGGGAGGAGUACGUCUGCCUCAAGGCCAUGAUUCUCCUCAACUCCAACAUGUGUCUGAGCUCGGACGAGGGGGCGGAGGAACCUGCGAGCAAGGCCAGGCUGAUGCAGUUGCUGGACUCGGUGACGGAUGCUCUGGUGUGGUCCAUCUCGAAGACAGGCCUUAGCUUUCAGCAGUGCUCCACCCGCCUGGCCCAUCUGCUUAUGCUGCUCUCCCACAUCCGCCACGUCAGCAACAAGGGCAUGGACCACCUCCACUGCAUGAAGAUGAAGAAGAUGGUGCCCCUCUAUGAUCUGCUGCUGGAAAUGCUCGACGCCCACAUCAUGCACAGCUCGCGCCUGCCGCACGCCGGCCCAGGAGAGCCCAGCGCUCCAAAGAACAGGCCACGAGCUCAGGAGCCCCAUGGCUGCGUUUCCCAGCAGUAGUCCCUGGUGUAGUUCGGCCAAACUGGUAAGGGGAGACCCUGGACACUGGGUGUGGGGUUCACAUCAUUCACAUCGUUCCUCAUCGUUCAGUUCUGAUUUUUAUUUGAUUUUUUUUGUUCUUGCCAGCUUACAUUCAUAAUUGCGAUUCAUCUGUACCUGUCUGUAAUGUGAACACACACGUCCUCUAAAACAGCACACAUGCGCACACUGAUAAGUUUUUGACACGAGUCAUCAGAGUCACAAAAAACAAUCAUAUUUGUGAGAAACUCAUGGCAUUCAACUGGGCAACAUGAACACAAUAUGCACCACGUUUGGCUCUGGAGGACAGCAGAUGAGUUGAGAAGGUGGAAGACAAGGCAGAGGGCUAGCUUCUGCUGGUUCCUGCUCGGUUUUGUGGUGUUACCACUCUGCUGGUGCUGAAUUCCAACCUGACCAUUCUUUUUCAUAUCACAUGGCCACGAAUCUGACACAAAUCCAGUCUAAGACCAUACACGUAAGUGACUGAUGUAAAAAGAUAGGAUUUGUGUGUCUGCACAGCCCUGAAAAGUAAGAUCUGUGUCACAUUAAGGCAAAAAAAUCAGAUCCGAGUCACUUUUUGGUUGAUAAUGUGAUUGUAGCCUACAAUACUGAAUGUUCCAAAUGUUUUGGGUUUGGGUUUUUUUGUUUUUUUUUGUGAAGCCUCUCAAAGUAGCAAUAAUAAUGCAAUGUCAUUGCAUGAAUGUAUCAAAUAAAUUAUCAGGCAAAUUAUUAUACCAAAGGACCAUGAUGAAAACAGCACACAUUAAGGCAAACCCCCAAAGGGCUUUCAGUCAUGCCAUCUGGGGACUUGUAUAAUUAAUGGACCUGCUGCCUCUCCGAUGUUGCCACCACAGCCAUUACUGCUAGAUAGAUGUAGAUGCAUACAAGCCUGAACUCAUUUGUAUCUAGAAUUGCUUAAUAAUAGAAUGAACAGAAAUAGGUAAUAUAUCCAUUAACAGUAGAUACGGCAGUACACCUGACUGUAAUUAAUAUAAUACCUGCACUGUUGGCCUGAUCAGCUUUAGGUUUACAGUGUCAGCUGUGCGUCCAUACACCUAGCCUGGUGUGUAGUACACACAUCUGUUAAAGUAAACUGGGCUGGACAGGUGUGCUGGUCUGUGUCUGAGUGGUGGGCUGAUUCUACAGCUCCUCAGUCUAUACUGGGUGGUGUCUUUUUAGGGUCAGACAAUGCUUUGGGUCAUUUUGCAUGCUAUUUAUGCAUCUCGUGGUCGAUUUUGGCCAGGGUAUCAAUGUUUUUUCACGUUUUCUUUGCUUUUGAACACAUUGUUAACAUGUCUACCUAUGGUAAAUAGAACUAAGUAGAUUGUUUUGUUUGUUUAUAACACUUUAAAGAAUUAUUCACCCUUAGUAAAGAUGAGAAAGACAGACUAUUAAAAAUCUUUGUUGUUUAUCAGACCGAUCUUGUAGAGUGAACAAAGAAAUUUAACCUUCCAGUGCAGUAAAAUUAUUAACAAAUGAAUAAAGUCCAAAAACACAAUUGCGCAGCCCAAAGAUGAACAAAAUCUAAUUGCUUUUCUCAUAUCCAUUUGAUAUUUACUUUUGUAAGCACACCUUUAGGAACUUUGAAAGGUUUUUUUAUUUUAUUUUUAUUUUUUUUUUACAUGAGUGAGGUAACACAUGCCAAACAAAGUUAGUCAGAAGAUAAAAUACAACAAAUUAAAUGAGACAAUAUUUUUGACCUUUACCUUCCUUUGGUAUGGCUUUAAAAUAAAUUCUCCUCCG